ACAAAACUAGAGAUGACAAGACUAUAUUAUUUUACAAAAUGACUAGUAAAAAUGAGCAAACAAAGUGAAUAGUGUAAUGGACAGAGGGAGUAAUAAAAAAGACGACUGGAGGGAAGCAGAAAGAAGAAAGAGGACAGACUUCUCCUAUUGCAGCCACUGCACUGUGGACUCUCUCCUCUCCUCUCCUCCAUGGGGAUGCUGGCAAACGCCAUUGCCAUAACCUUGGCCGCUAGCGCCGCCCCCAAGGGCAUUUUCACGGUUGAUUCGCAGGACAUCGAGUUAGGCAACCCGUGGUGGUUCGUCUACGCGGGCGUUUCCUGCUUCCUCGUACUCUUCGCCGGCAUCAUGUCCGGCCUCACCUUGGGCUUGAUGUCUCUCGGUCCCGUCGACCUCGAAGUUCUCCGGCGCAGCGGAACCUCUUCCGAGAAGAAGCAAGCUGCAACCAUUCUGCCCGUAGUUAAAAAACAGCACCAGCUUCUUGUUACCUUGCUUUUGUGUAAUGCUGCUUCCAUGGAGGCUCUUCCCAUAUACUUGGACAAACUUUUUCAUCCGGUAGUUGCUGUUGUUCUCUCUGUAACUCUUGUUUUAGCCUUUGGUGAGAUUAUUCCACAGGCAGUAUGCUCUAGAUAUGGACUUGCUGUUGGUGCAAGUUUUGUGUGGCUUGUGCGUAUUUUGAUGAUUAUCUGCUUUCCGAUUGCUUACCCAAUUGGAAAGGUUCUUGACUUAGUAUUGGGACAUGGUGAUUCUUUGUUCCGGCGUGCUCAACUUAAAGCCCUUGUUUCUAUCCACAGCCAGGAGGCCGGAAAAGGCGGUGAAUUAACACAUGAUGAAGCUACCAUCAUCAGUGGAGCACUCGAUUUGACUGAAAAGACUGCAGAGGAAGCUAUGACUCCCAUUGAGUCUACCUUUUCCCUUGAUGUCAAUUCAAAGUUGAACUGGGAAGUAAUAGGGAAAAUUCUUGCCAGAGGUCAUAGUCGUGUUCCUGUUUAUUCGGGGAAUCCGAAGAAUAUUAUUGGACUUCUACUGGUGAAAAGUCUGCUUACUGUACGGGCAGAAACAGAGACUCCGGUUAGUGCCGUUUCCAUCAGGAGGAUGCCUAGGGUACCAGCAGAUAUGCCCUUGUAUGAUAUUCUCAAUGAGUUUCAGAAGGGCAGUAGUCACAUGGCAGCUGUAGUGAAAGUGUGCAGGAAAUAUGAGUCUCACCAUAACCGUGAGAGGGAGAAACUUGGAGACACCAAAUUUGGGAAUGAAAUUAAUGGAGAAUCACAAUUAUCAUUACCAUUGUUGAAGAAGCAUACCGAAAAGCCAGAAAGUAUUGUGAUAAAUGUUUAUAAAGGGUCACUGGAGAACACAACAAGUAGGGAAAGCACUCUGCAGCAAAAUGGUGCAGUGACAAAAGAUUCUACUGAUCUUUCUCAGGAUUUUGGCGAUGGAGAAGUCAUUGGAAUCAUCACUCUAGAAGAUGUUUUUGAAGAACUUCUGCAAGAGGAAAUUGUAGAUGAAACUGAUGUUUAUAUUGAUGUUCAUAGAAGAAUACGCGUUGCAGCAGCAGCAGCAGCUUCAUUUGUCGCUCGAGCACCUUCUUCUAGGAGGCCGACAGCCGGUCAAAAGGCUUCGGGAUGCCAAGGUAAGCGAGUAAAGGCAACGAUAAUGCCAGCUGAGGAUGAAUCAAACCGAUAAGGUGGGACUGGCUCAGGCGACUGUCUGUAUUGUAGGGUUUUCAAAGUAAACAGCUUGGCCAGCUAAGUGUAAGAUGCCCAUGCCAGGUAUAUACUUUUCCCUUGCGGCCUGCCUUGCAUAAAUCUCAACAUUAGAUGAAAUUUUCCUUCCUAACUAUGAAAUAUGAAUAUGCACCGGCUUGGCAUGUACGGAGUAAUAUUUAGAUGAAAUUUUCCCAGGGUUGGGUUUGAUUGUUCUCUGUGGUGUUGUAUCUCCAGCUAAGUGUGAGCACUAUUUAUUUCUGUGAACAAGAGUCACAAAUUGUCAUCAAUGCAGUUUCGGGGUCUACCUUUGAAAUCAAGAUUCUGUUGCCCUAUGGUUUCAUUGUUUUCUUGCCAUAGGCCCAUAUUUAUUUUUCAGAUAUGCUACUGUGCGCCAAAGUCCUAAACACGCAGACAAAGAUCUGUGAGGUUGUUGGUGUGCUUG